AGUCGUACCUUCGCGGCCGCAAUUCGCUCGGCCGCCGCCAUCUUGCGAGCUCGUCGUACUGUCCGAGCGGGGAGGCUGUCUUGAGGCGGCACCGCUCACCGACACCGAGGCGGACUGGCAGCCCUGAGCGUCGCAGUCAUGCCGGCCGGACCCGUGCAGGCGGUGCCCCCGCCGCCGCCCGUGCCCACGGAGCCCAAACAGCCCACAGAAGAAGAAGCAUCUUCAAAGGAGGAUUCUGCACCUUCUAAGCCAGUUGUGGGGAUUAUUUACCCUCCUCCAGAGGUCAGAAAUAUUGUUGACAAGACUGCCAGCUUUGUGGCCAGAAACGGGCCUGAAUUUGAAGCUAGGAUCCGACAGAACGAGAUCAACAACCCCAAGUUCAACUUUCUGAACCCCAAUGACCCUUACCAUGCCUACUACCGCCACAAGGUCAGCGAGUUCAAGGAAGGGAAGGCUCAGGAGCCGUCCGCCGCCAUCCCCAAGGUCAUGCAGCAGCAGCAGCAGACCACCCAGCAGCAGCUGCCCCAGAAGGUCCAAGCCCAAGUAAUCCAAGAGACCAUCGUGCCCAAAGAGCCUCCUCCUGAGUUUGAGUUCAUUGCUGAUCCUCCCUCUAUCUCAGCCUUCGACUUGGAUGUGGUGAAGCUGACGGCUCAGUUUGUGGCCAGGAAUGGGCGCCAGUUUCUGACCCAGCUGAUGCAGAAAGAGCAGCGCAACUACCAGUUUGACUUUCUCCGCCCACAGCACAGCCUCUUCAACUACUUCACGAAGCUAGUGGAACAGUACACCAAGAUCUUGAUUCCACCCAAAGGUUUAUUUUCAAAGCUCAAGAAAGAGGCUGAAAACCCCCGAGAAGUUUUGGAUCAGGUGUGUUACCGAGUGGAAUGGGCCAAAUUCCAGGAACGUGAGAGGAAGAAGGAAGAAGAGGAGAAGGAGAAGGAGCGGGUGGCCUAUGCUCAGAUCGACUGGCAUGAUUUUGUGGUGGUGGAAACAGUGGACUUCCAACCCAAUGAGCAAGGGAACUUCCCUCCCCCCACCACGCCAGAGGAGCUGGGGGCCCGAAUCCUCAUUCAGGAGCGCUAUGAAAAGUUUGGGGAGAGUGAGGAAGUUGAGAUGGAGGUCGAGUCUGAUGAGGAGGAUGACAAACAGGAGAAGGCGGAGGAGCCUCCUUCCCAGCUGGACCAGGACACCCAAGUACAAGAUAUGGAUGAGGGUUCAGAUGAUGAAGAAGAAGGGCAGAAAGUGCCCCCACCCCCAGAGACACCCAUGCCUCCACCUCUGCCCCCAACUCCAGACCAAGUCAUUGUCCGCAAGGAUUAUGAUCCCAAAGCCUCCAAGCCCUUGCCUCCAGCCCCUGCUCCAGAUGAGUAUCUUGUGUCCCCCAUUACUGGGGAGAAGAUCCCCGCCAGCAAAAUGCAGGAACACAUGCGCAUUGGACUUCUUGACCCUCGCUGGCUGGAGCAGCGGGAUCGCUCCAUCCGUGAGAAGCAGAGCGAUGAUGAGGUGUACGCACCAGGUCUGGAUAUUGAGAGCAGCUUGAAGCAGUUGGCUGAGCGGCGUACUGACAUCUUCGGUGUAGAGGAAACAGCCAUUGGUAAGAAGAUCGGUGAGGAGGAGAUCCAGAAGCCAGAGGAAAAGGUGACCUGGGAUGGCCACUCAGGCAGCAUGGCCCGGACCCAGCAGGCUGCCCAGGCCAACAUCACCCUCCAGGAGCAGAUUGAGGCCAUUCACAAGGCCAAAGGCCUGGUGCCAGAGGAUGACACUAAAGAGAAGAUUGGCCCCAGCAAGCCCAAUGAAAUCCCUCAACAGCCACCGCCACCAUCUUCAGCCACCAACAUCCCCAGCUCGGCCCCACCCAUCACUUCAGUGCCCCGACCACCCACAAUGCCACCUCCAGUUCGUACUACAGUUGUCUCCGCAGUACCCGUCAUGCCCCGGCCCCCAAUGGCAUCUGUGGUCCGGCUGCCCCCAGGCUCAGUGAUCGCCCCCAUGCCGCCCAUCAUCCACGCGCCCAGAAUCAACGUGGUGCCCAUGCCUCCCUCGGCCCCUCCUAUCAUGGCCCCCCGCCCACCCCCCAUGAUUGUGCCAACAGCCUUUGUGCCUGCUCCACCUGUGGCACCUGUCCCAGCUCCAGCCCCAAUGCCCCCUGUUCAUCCCCCACCUCCCAUGGAAGAUGAGCCCACCUCCAAAAAACUGAAGACAGAGGACAGCCUCAUGCCAGAGGAGGAGUUCCUGCGCAGAAACAAGGGUCCAGUGUCCAUCAAAGUCCAGGUGCCCAACAUGCAGGAUAAGACGGAAUGGAAACUGAAUGGGCAGGUGCUGGUCUUCACCCUCCCACUCACGGACCAGGUCUCUGUCAUUAAGGUGAAGAUUCAUGAAGCCACAGGCAUGCCUGCAGGGAAACAGAAGCUACAGUAUGAGGGUAUCUUCAUCAAAGAUUCCAACUCACUGGCUUACUACAACAUGGCCAAUGGCGCAGUCAUCCACCUGGCCCUCAAGGAGAGAGGCGGGAGGAAGAAGUAGACAAGAGGAACCUGCUGUCAAGUCCCUGCCAUUUUGCCUCUCCUGUCUCCCACCCCCUGCCCCAGACCCAGGAGCCCCCCUGAGGCUUUGCCUUGCCUGCAUAUUUGUUUCGCUCUUACUCAGUUUGGGAAUUCAAAUUGUCCUGCAGAGGUUCAUUCCCCUCACCCUUUCCCCACAUUGGUAAGAGUAGCUGGGUUUUCUAAGCCACUCUCUGGAAUCUCUUCGUGUUAGGGUCUCGAUUUGAGGACAUUCAUUUCUUCAGCAGUCCAUUAGCAACUGAGAGCCCAGGGAUGUCCUACAGGAUAGUUUCAUAGUGACAAGUGGCACUUGGCUAAUAGAAUAUGGCUGAUAUUGUCAUUAAUCAUUUUGUACCUUGACAUGGGUUGUCUAAUAAAAUUCGGACCCUUCUUGUGAAA